AUGGGCUGGAUAAACAAUCUGGUGUGGACAGAGCUCCUUACGCAUGCACUAGCUGUAUGCGCCCUUCUCCUUUCAGUAAAGUGGAUCUGGGGAAGGCGCCAACAGCGACAAGUGCCACCCAAACCUACUGCGCGACACGAAAAUGGCCUGAAAAUCCUGUAUUACCCAAAAGAGAAUGAGCCUACAGUUGAUAUUGUUGCGGUACACGGAAGAGGUGCACAUGCAGAUCAUACCUGGUCCACGCUUCGUAACGAGAGUGACAAUAAGAAACCCUCAGACUACAUCAACUGGCUAAGCGACCCAACAAUGCUGCCUGCUGUCCUUCCAAAUGCGAGUAUAAUGCGAUACGGGUAUAGUUCUGCAUUUUUUGGUCAUGAUCGGUACUCUGCUUCUGCUGAAAAUGUUGCUAAAGCACUACUUGAAGAGCUACAGGUUUUCAGGCAAACAUCUCCUCAACGUCCUCUAGUUUUUGUGGCUCAUAGUUUUGGCGGCCUGGUAGUUCUUCGGACCUUAACAAAGGCAUAUCAGAUCUGCCCUGAUAUUCCGUACUUUACAAUUGGCAUGAUAUUUUUUGGAACACCCUUUCGAGGCACCAGCGAAGAAACAAUAGAGAUGAUCCUGGACCUAUUAUGUGAGAGCCAUGGAGAAGAUCGAGUGUUAUCCUCAGAGCUUAGAGCGUCUGUGGAAGGCCAUGAACCACUGAAUAGACUUGUGAAUGAUUAUCUUGAGCAGGCCAGGAAACUACCUAUGCCAAGGAUCUAUUGCAUCUACGAACAACAACAUACCAACAUUGAUAAAUUCGAUAAAAAUGGGGUAUUUUGA